AUGUCAGCCGAACGCGAGACUCCGCCGCCUCCAGCUAACCAGGCAAACACAGAUGAUCAAGUCGUGGGUCUUUUACACCAACUGGAGGAGAUCGAUCUGUCCGAUGGAAAGCAAAAAGGAAAGGGUCGAGCUGAUGAGCCUUUAGACAUUGAUCUGGCGCUGACAGCGUUUCGGAAUGAGGUGCAAUCCCACAUUGGCUUUUCGAAUGACCUUAAGCUUGCCCAUAGUAUUGGCCAUGCUGUUUAUACGGACGGCCCAGCUAUCGCAGUCAUCACGCAGAGAGAGUUGCAAGCCCAGCGUGAUAGACAUCUGGCAAUAACCCUCAGCGCCGAUGAUCCGGAGCUUCGGAACCCUCCGCUUGGAACUAUGCAUAGCCAGUCUCAUGAAGUACACAUAACUAAGGACCUCCUUAGUGGAGAGGGCCAUUUUGAUCGUGAUUCUGGUGAAGACAAAGGUGGUCCGUCGCAAACAUAUGCAGAGCGCCAGAAAAAAGCGAUGGGGAAGCUAUCUCAUCCAAACCUACCAUGUUGUACCUGCUUCGAGAACUUUCAAUCAAGCGACAUAAUUCGAUUGCACUGUGGUGACCUCUACUGCACCCAAUGA